AUGACGCACACCUGCACUCACCUCAUCGCGAAUGUCUGCUCAGUGCACCGUCUCAAGGUAGAUGACUUCUGUGUCACCAAGUCCACGAUCAGGAACAAGAAGGAUUGCUGCAUCAGAUCCAGAUGCAGCGUCGACGGAUACGACUGGGAGAUCCAGUUCCGCUUUUCACCUUACGAGGGCAGUCCUGAAGACUACUGGUUAGCGCUCGUGCUUGUGUACCUCGGCGCGCCGUGCGACGGCGGUGUGGCGGUGGCUCUGAGCUGUCAUCUGGUAGAUCAGAGCUGCGAUCUUCGUGUUCCAUUAUUAACAACAACACAAGGUCUAAACACAACGUUUAGGCGUCCCUUGGACCGCUCUCCUCCGAUUUACUUCGGCAAAGGGAAGGUUAGAGACGAUGUGCAGGCAGCAGCAGCAGCUGGUCGCCCGCUAAUAUUCAAGGGUGGUUCAUUUACUGUGGAAUGCCAGAUCGACGUGCACAGCAGCAGGGACUCAGAUUCCGUUUCUCUGCCGUCCUCUGACCUGCACCAACACCUCGGGGAGCUCUUGCGGAACCAGUCUGGUGCAGACGUUACCUUCAUCGUUUCCGGUGAGUCCAUCGCAGCACACAAGAGCAUACUAGCCGCAAGGUCCCCGAUCUUCAUGGCCCAGUUCUUUGGCAACAUGCUGGAGAGGGGCUCCCAGUGCGUGGAGAUCCAGGACAUGCACCCGGCCGUGUUCAAGGCCAUGCUUCACUACAUCUACACUGACACAGUGCCUGACCUUGGUACUGAUACCACCACGGUCGAGGAGACGGCGGUGAUGGCUCAGCACCUGCUUGUAGCUGCCGACAUGUAUGCGCUAGACAGGCUCAAGGAGAUCUGCGAGGAAAGGCUCACCCGUGGCAUCGGCAUUGGCACGGUGGCGUCGACGCUGGCUCUAGCAGACCAGCACAACUUGGCCCAGCUCAAGGCUAAGUGCAUCGACUUCAUCACUGGAGGAUCCAGUAAAAAUCUUCUAGCCGUCUUGGAGACGGAAGGGUACAGGCAUCUGGAGGCCAGCAACCCCUCGGUGUUGACGGAGCUCGUCAUGGCUGCGCAUGGAAAAAAGAGGAAACGAUUAUACGGGUAGAUUCUUGAAUUAGAAUGGCGCAUAUAUGGCCUGCUGCUGAGGAU